ACAAAAGGCUACAUCAGGAGGAAACGCCUGGGGGAGAUUUCGUAGUUCAGGAAGUAUAAUUCCACUUCCGCUCGCGUCUCCUCCACUUCCGGUGAAAACAACCCCCCACGUGUGCAUGAGGGGAACGCGUGCACGUGCAACGGCCUUUAGGAGCAGGCAUCCCCGUUUACCGGCCAACGGCUGCUCGGUUGAACCCGCGCAGACUUCGCGAGACCGUAGACCGACGGUGCUCGCCAUGAGCUUUGUGGAGUACUCAGACCUCAUCCAGGACGGGGACGUCGCCAUCGUCUACCUGGGCCCCGAAUCCAUGAUGCCGGUGAAGGUGAAGCAGGGCGCCCAGACGCAGACGCGCUACGGGGUCAUCCGCCACUCCUCGGACCUGAUCGGUCGGCGCUACGGGUCGAAGGUCACCUGCAGCAAAGGCGGGUGGGUCUACGUGCUCCACAUGACGCCCGAGCUGUGGACGGUCAACCUGCCGCACCGCACGCAGAUCCUCUACACCACCGACAUCGCCACCAUCACCAUGAUGCUGGAGCUGAAGCCGGGGGCCGUGGUCUGCGAGUCCGGCACCGGCAGCGGCUCGCUGUCCCACGCCAUCCUGCGCUCCAUCGCGCCCUCGGGUCACCUGCACACGGUGGAGUUCCACCAGCAGCGGGCGGAGAAGGCGGAGGAGGAGUUCAAGGAGCACCGCGUGGACCGCCUGGUCACGGUCCGGAACCAGGACGUGUGCAAGGACGGCUUCGGGGUCACCGGGGUGGCGGACGCCGUCUUCCUGGACAUCCCCAGCCCCUGGGAGGCCGUGAGGCACGCCAAGGCCGCCAUGAAGAGACAAGGAGGUCGGGUGUGCUCGUUCUCCCCGUGCAUCGAGCAGGUCCAGAAGACGUGCGAGGCGUUGGUGGAUCAGGGUUUUGAGGAGCUCAGCACCCUGGAGGUCCUGCUGCGAGUCCACGACGUGAGAACCGUCUACCUGCCGCUGCCCGACUUCGGCCCCGAUGAGACGGCGCCUCAGACCUCCGUCGCCCUGAAGACCACGACCCUGCCCAGAGAGAUGCCGGGUCACACGGGGUACCUCACCUUCGCCACCAAACCGAGAACCUGAAGUGUCGUUUCUGUAAACGGGGGCGUGGCCUGUCAGACCACCGGGAGGACUUCAGCUUUGUGUUGCAUCAUUUUAUCCUCAUGUCACUUGGCAGCUGUUUGUUUACAUCAAGCAAGCGAGAAAAGCAAGUUUCAUUUGACUUCACUACACUUUUUUUUACUAUUCUUUUAUUAAUUAUUUGGGGAAGAACAUUUUAUUACAUUUUUUUCCAUUU